CAGGCAUGCUGGGAGUUGUAGUAGCGAUGACGCCACUUCCGGGCCGGCUGCCUGGGCCCUGUGGUGGAUUUCGGUGUCAUGGUCACGUCUAGAACCAGAAACUAUGGAUAUACUUUUCAGAAUAAGAGGAGGCCUUGAUCUGGCUUUUCAGCUAGCAACCGCUAAUGAAAAUUUUAUCAAGAAGGUACUAACGCAUGUAUUGAGUGACCUGACAACCAAACUUUCUUCAAAUGCACUUGUAUUCAGAAUAUGCCGCAGUUCAGUUUAUAUAUGGCCUAAUAGUGGCAUAAACACCAUUCCAGGAGAACUGAAUGAUAGCUCUGCUUGCAAGAACAUAAUACGCUUUAUUCAAUUUGAUCAGGAAGACACAAAACGAAAAUUCAUAAGAAAGAAGGACAAACAGUUAUCAGACAUGCCUCAAAUAGUAAAUAUAGAUCUUAUGCUGGAAAUGUCAACUUCUCUGGCAGCUAUAACCCCCAUUAUUGAAAGGGAAACUGGGGGACACCACUAUGUCACUAUGACCUUGCCAGUGGAUGCAGUUGUAUCUGUUGCUCCAGAAGAAACAUGGGGAAAAGUUUGUAAACUUCUAGUGGAUGCAAUUCAUAAUCAACUAACUGAUAUGGAGAAGUGUAUUUUGAGAUAUAUGAAAGGAACAUCUAUUGUGGUCCCUGAACCAUUGCACUUUUUAUUACCAGGAAGGAAAAGUCUUGUAACAAUUUCAUAUCCAUCAGGAAUUUCGGAUGAUCAGCUGCAGGCCUAUAGAAAGGAGUUACAUGAUGUCUUCAAUCUGCCUCAUGACAGACCUUAUUUCAAAAGAUCUAAUGCUUACCACUUUCCAGAUGAACCAUACAAAGAUGGUUACAUUAGAAAUCCUCAUACUUAUCUUAAUCCACCUAACAUGGAAGCUGGUAUGAUUCAUGUGGUCCAGGGCAUAUAUGGUUAUCAUCAUUACAUGCAGGAUCGGAUAGAUGACAAUGGCUGGGGCUGUGCUUACCGAUCGCUGCAAACUAUCUGCUCUUGGUUCAGACAUCAGGGAUACACAGAGAGACCCAUUCCAACACACAGAGAAAUUCAGCAGGCUCUUGUUGAUGCCGGUGACAAACCAGCAACAUUUGUCGGCUCACGGCAAUGGAUUGGAUCUAUUGAAGUACAGCUGGUACUAAACCAAUUGAUUGGUAUAACUUCAAAAAUACUCUUUGUCAGCCAAGGCUUAGAAAUGGCCUCUCAAGGACGGGAACUGGCUAAUCAUUUCCAGAGUGAAGGCACGCCAGUAAUGAUUGGGGGAGGAGUUUUGGCCCAUACCAUACUAGGAGUUGCGUGGAAUGAAAUUACAGGACAGAUAAAAUUUCUGAUUCUAGAUCCACAUUAUACAGGUACAGAAGAUCUGCAAGUUAUUUUAGAAAAGGGCUGGUGUGGAUGGAAGGGCCCAGACUUUUGGAACAAGGAUGCUUACUAUAACUUAUGUCUCCCUCAGCGACCAAAUAGUAUUUAAAUUGUCUUGCAUGCAAAAGAUUGUAGUAAAGUGUAAUUACAAAUUUGUUAAUAAAAAGUUUAAGUUCAAAUUAAAU